AUGUCAAAAAUCAAAGAUGCCAAAGAUAAACUUCAUUCUUUAUCUGUAAAUUUCGUAAAUGAUCGUGGUGAAUCAAUAGAAUCCCUUUCGACAACUUUAUCAGGUUCUCUAAGCUUAGCUGGAAGAAUAUCUGAAGUAGUUUCCAUACCUUUAGUCGGAUUAGUUUGUUCUACUAUCUCUGAUAUAAUUAAUAUUUGCGAAACCACUAAACAAAACAAAAAAAUCUGUUCAUCGAUAAUAGAUCGAACUAUUGUUACUAGACUUUGUGUAGAAAAGUUACAAAGAAUCAAGGCAACUGAAAUAAAUCCAUCAGAAUUAAUCAAACCAAAUGUUGGAAGGAAAACUGAUCGCCGAGGUGGUAAUGGAAUUACCAAAAGAUUUAUUAUUAAAAAAGAAGAUAAAGAAUAUACGAAGAAAAGGUUUCAAGCUGAACUUGCAAUAUUGGGAAAAUUAAAAGAUAGUACAAAUAUCUUGAGAUUCUAUGGCCUCUCUAAAUUAGAAGGGCAUAGAGUUAUGGUUUUUGAAUGGACUGAAUGGGGAAAUCUUCAAGAAGUGUAUUCAAAUAGUAAAGUCGAUUGGAAUAAUAAAAUUCAUAUUGCAUUAGAUAUUUGUCGUGAUUUAGUAUUUUUGCAUAUGGCUAAUAUUCUUCACCAUGAUGUCCGAUGCAGAAAUAUCAUGAUGACUCCACGACUUGAACCAAAAAUAGCCAAUUUCAAAUAUUCUCGUGAAAACGAUCAAAUGACCACUGGUUAUGAAAAAACAGUCAAGGUUUUACAUUGGAUGGCACCAGAAAAGAUAAAAAGUACAAAUGAAAAACCAGUAAAAUAUACUUAUGAAUGUGAAAUUUUCAGUUUUGGAAUGUUGCUUUGGGAAAUGACCUUCCAAAAAAUUCCUUAUAAAGAUCUUAACAUAGAAGAAGUAAAAAAAACGGUGUUAAGUGGAAAACGCGAAACUUUUAGAUUUGAAAAAGGUAGCUUGGAAUUGGAAAAACUUCAAAAGAAAUUAAAAAAGAUCAUAGAAAAUGCCUGGCACGAUGAACCAAUUUCUAGAAAUUCCACAAAAUUUUUCUUUACAUAUAAUGCCAAAGAUUAUAAAACAGCUUGGGAAAUUUUUGAAUGUCAUGCGAAUCUAGCAAAAUAUUGGAAAUCAUAUUAUUAUGAUCAUGGAUAUCACGUGAAUCGAUAUCUUGUAACAGUAGCUAAUUUAUAUAAAGAACUAGCAGAUGAUGGAUUAGCAGAUGCAAGUUUUAGAUAUUAA